AUGUCCUUCUUCACCAAGGUCGCUUCCGGAGGUUUGCUCGCAGCCGGGUUCGUCCCUCGAUCCGUUUCCCCACGAUCAGCUCUCCUCCACGUAGCCACUCCAAGCAACUGACACCAAUUCCCCUGUUACAGCGUGACAUAUUACUACCACAUCGACAUCCGAGAAACGUCGCAACAGAUCGGCAAGGACCUGCAUCGUCUAUCGGAGCAAUUGCUCGCUUCCAACUCCACCGAGACCAACCGAUCGACGUUCCCACAGCCGGUACCGAGUCGAGUCGGCCUCAUCGAAUCGAUCAAGGCUAGAGUGCGUUGCGCCGAAACUAUGUGACGACCGCCUAGUCGCACGGUGCGCUGAUCCUCUUUGAUCCUGAUUUUUACGAGCAGUGGAACGAGAAAGUCGAAGCCGGCGUCAUCGCCUUGAGGGAAACGGAAUGGUCCAGCGUGAUCAGCAACACAUGGAACCAUACAAAGUACGGUGCUGCCACUUUGAAGGACAAGAUCUCACCGGUGGCGCCAGAGGUCGAGGAGGUCACCGAUCGGCGGCAGGUCUGA